UCAGCAGCUUAUUUCAGACAGGACCAAAUUUGCAUUCAGUUUUUAAAGAGACAGCACAUACUCCUGACUCUCUGAAGCAGCAGCGGAGCACUUUAGCCAUGGAGUUGCUGUGGAUCCAACAAGCCAUCAGUAGCAGAAAGAAAUAUCUGACCCUUAAACAGAGAAUGGAUGUGCCACACUGAUACUGGACCAGUUCUGAAGCUGUAUUAUUAUUAUUAUUAUUCUAUCAUUUACAGCACAGGAUGUUUGAGAAUUGUUGUAAAUUAUAUUUAUUUAUAAGCUUGUGUAGUCCAUACACAGGUUUGUGUUAAAGAAGAUUUUUAUUUUUGUACAAAUGGCAUUUCAGAAAUAAAUAUAUGCAGAUGCACAUUAAUUUGAUUAAUAAAAAAAAAAAAACAUACUAUUUUAAUAUCUAUUUUCCACAUUCAAUGUUUUUCUUGCCUUGCUAGAGCUGCAUUUGGCUUGCACACCAGGGUGCUAAAUAUAUUAUAUAGAUUACUACAAACAAUGUGUUAUGUAUAAGUAGUAUUAUGCCAUGUCUUCCAAUUAAACCCUUAGUUUAAUUACAGUUUAUGGGUGGGCGAUAUAAUCAGUAUUUUAACCCUAUCUUUAAUAUGCACAAUUCAUAAUUUAUAGUUUGUUUAUAUCGUCGCAUAAUACGCUAUAUUAUUGCCUAGCGAUAUAUUUAAAGAUGGGUGUGACCUAGUACAUUUACUCUACCUGUACAAACAGUAUACACACAUAAAGCUAUAAACAAUCACGGCUGCGUGAUUGUUUUCAUCGUCCGUAAAUGUAAACUGUUAUUGCACUGCUCUAUAGAUGAAGUUGGAUGUAUACAGAAAUCCAACUUUAUCCACAUGCAUAGGCUGCAGUACAUUCACGAAGCGAUAUGCAGUAUAGCAAAUUCUAAGUGUUUGUUCAUAUCGGCGUAGGCCUAAACUAUGUUAUCACUCAACUCGAAUCCGCCAAAUCCGACUAUAGAUAUUAUAAACAUCUCUGUUAGGCUGCUUUGAAACAGUUAUAAAGAGCUAUUCAAAUAAAAUUAAUUAAACUUGACAACAUAAAAUCCACAAAAUGAUAUUGUAAGUGAAUUACAGGAAUCCCUGUUUGGUUAAAUUAGAACAAACGUAACCCUUUUAAUCCCUAUUUUUUUCCCAGACAUGACAACAUCCAAAUUAUGUGUCACACUUUUUUUUUUUUUUUCUUUGGGAAAGUGUGUGAAAAAUUGUGUUUUAUGGUCGGUCACAAUUGGGACCGAUGGGAUAAUGUGUAUACUGAAAUCUUAGCCCAGCUAUUUUAAACAGUUUGAUCACAUUCUAGGGUUACUGUUAUACAUAAAAAAAAAACCCUUAUACAACAUUGAUAGGAAUACUGAGAUAAAUAAAUAAAAACAAUACAAACAUCAUCACAUAUUUCAAAAUUGUUACUUUUAAAUUGUAAUUGUAAAAUUUGAACUUUUAAUUUAAUGCUAUAUUUUGUCAUUGCAACAUUUUAGUGUCAUUUCCACUAACAACUACAAUUGGAUUAAUAUGUAUACCUAGUUCACCGGUCACUAUUCUAUGACUGCAAUGUGUGAAUUCAUAUUUUAAUACUAGAAACCUUAACGAUAAUGUGUACCAAAAAUCUGUCAUAUCUUUAUGUUAACAUACUUUAUUAGCCUUUAGUUUUGGAGCUUUGAUGCAGUGAUCAUCUUCUUCAGGUGCAAACAAGAAAUAAACUGCUCUGGUCAUGUGACAAUUUGCACUAACCAUGUGAAACUGCACAUAUUAAACUAAGACCCGUUAUUUGUUCCAUAUUUGCAGAAAGUGCACUAAAACAUCAGCCAGUAAGGUUUUUAGAGCUUUAUCAAUGAAAGCAUUUUUUAUGGUCACUAUUGUGACCGGUGGGAUUACUGGGUUAAAUGUUGCUGCUGGCAGCUUUUGACUAAACAAUGUCACAGAAUUUCUGACUUGCUGUUUUAUAUUUAUUGCAAAUGAUAAAGGCUGUGUUUCUUUUUUAUCGCUCCACAGGUUCUUUAUGUCCCUGUUUAAAUGUUUCUGUUGUCUGUGGGUGAUGAUAAGGGGCAUAAUUCACUAAAGACACAAACAGCCUCUUCAAACAAACACCUUCAAAUUUUCAUUUAUGUCGGAUUUUUUAAACCUAUUUAUUUAGCCUAUUCAAGUAAAAUAAAGUGAUAAAUUUCCAUUUCUUGAGAAGUUGUCUAGAUUACGUAAUUAAUCAUUUUAAGUAUAUCUUCUGCUCUCUCUAACCCUCUUCUCCUCCCUAACCGUCUCUGUGGUGUUGUUGCUGAUUGUAAAACCCCACAGAGGCCACUGUCAUAGUUAGUAAUGCUGUCAUGGCAACCAGGAAACACUCCAGUGUGUGUGAGAGAGAGAGAGGGAGGUGUUUGAGUCUGUCACACUCAGUGCUUUAAUAUUAGACAUAUACACUGAAAAAUAAUCAGCACUUAGGGUUUUUCUCCAGGUGAUCAACUGGAUUACAUACGCUGUCUCUGUGUGUGUUAAUGUGGCUAGUUUAGGGUCAUGGCAUCCACUGGUGUCACUAGUCACCUGCCUCCAGUCAAGAGUGUGAAGGUCUACAGAAAUGGAGACCCCUUCUUUUUAGGAAGGAGAUUUGUGGUAAACCAGAGGCAAAUCUCCACCAUGGAUGCAUUUCUUAAUGACAUCACUCUCAGUAUCGGAGCUCCGUUAGCUGUUCGAACUCUCUAUACGCCACGCUACGGUCAUCGGGUCGCAGACCUUAGUGCCCUACAGCAAGGGGCACAGUAUGUGGCUGCAGGGUUUGAGCGCUUUAAGAAACUAGAUUAUCUGACUGCAGGACUGAAGAAAGGUCCACUGUGCAGAGUUGUGGAACCAGCCCAGGUUAAACGCUUUGUCAGGCCUAAUGUGUCUGCAAAAUGGAGGAAGGCCAUCACUCUGCCCUUCAUCAUACAUGUAUUCCGGAAUGGAGACAUCCUCAGUCCUGCCAUGCGUCUGAUCAUUCCCCGCCACAUGCAGAAAAAUCUAGAGCCGAUUCUGAGCCUCAUUUCUGAAAAAGCCAUGCUUCGCACAGGAGCCGUGCGCAGGCUUUGCACUCUGGAGGGUUUCACAGUGACCUCCACAGAGGAGCUGGAGAGCAGGCAAAGCUAUGUAGCUGUGGGAACAGAGAGGUUCAAGAAGCUUCCAUAUGAAGAGAUACUGCUGAAUAAAGCAACAGGCAACAGCGCGGACAGAUAUUAUGCAGGAGACAGAGGAUUGCAGAGAAGAAUUGAGAGUAGAAAGAUGUUUCCUCAGGACAGCCAUAGUGACUCCACCCUGAUGAAUUCACAUGAGAGGGAAGGCAGGCGUGUGAAGUCCACAGGAGAUGAGGUAGAGCGAGAGAGCUCCCCUCAGCCGGUUAAAAGGAGAGGAAGGAGAGGAGAAAGAGAAGAGAACUCUGUUUUCUAUGCCAGACCUGUGAGAGUCCGCAGACACCCUCCCACAAACAGACCCCCUCCUAGAGCUGCAAUAGAUGAGCCCAGUGUGUUUAAGGCCUCUGAGAGCAGGAUGAGGGAGGAGGUUCGAGGUGCUGAGGAGGUCGCAGAGGAUGAAAACACAGCUGUGGAGCUUCACAUUGACCAGAGAGAAGCAGAAGUUGUAGAGGAUGAGGAGCUUUUUGAAAGGGAUCCGUUUGAUACAGCCAAUAUAAAUCAUAGGGAUUCAGCUGAACUACACAGACCAUCAUCUGAUCUCUCCAGUGAGAACGGAGAGAAAGAGUUCAUAGUGUCUGAGAGGGAGACAUGGGACGACACGUCAGCUCAACAGAGAGAAGCACAGCAGGGAUACACGUCCAGCAAAGAGUCUCAGCAUGAUACAAACAAACAUAAUGCUGAGUCAUUCACACGGCAUUCCAGAUCUUCUUCAUCAUCUUCAUCACCCAAAGUCUCUAAACAUUCCCCACGAAGUGAAGUAACACAGCAAGAACCUACUGGGGGUUCCCAUGAGGAACAGACAGACAGGGAUGCUGAGCGACCUCUCCCGGCUGAAGAUGAUGCAGGAGACAGAGACACACCUUUACAAUCCACACAUUUUCUCUGAACAUGGAGUUUACGAUGAAAUUGGUAUCGU